CGAAAACUAAGCAGGAUGGACAGCGCAGUCGCGGCAACGCUCGCCGUCCUCGAGCUUAUCCCGAGCAACUACGUCCCCGUGCUUGUUUUGACGACGCUCGUCAUCUCUCUCUGCGUCCGCUCGAGAGACGCCGCCAACGCGCUCGUGGCGUACCUCGUCAAGGUGUACUGCGCGAACCUGGUCUUUGGCUGGACCGGCGUCGCCGUCCUCCUGGUGCUUGCUGCUGCUGGAAUACUUGUGCCCGCUGCAAUAAGCAUCCUAGCCAACGCAAACAAGAUGUACAAACGAUCAAGGUCACGCGUCUACCGGUACACGCACGCGUCAAGCUCGUCGCCACCGCUCUUUGCGUGUCACAUUUGCUACGAAAAUCAACCGCCGCGUCUCCGCGCCGUGACCUCGUGCACCGACUGCUCGCUCGCGAUCUGCAAAACAUGCUUGCGCCAGUACUUGACACUCCGCAUCGAGAGCGGCCAAGUCUCGGAAAAGCACCUCUGCUGUCCGGGAUGCCACGCCAUCUUGCCGGACCAUGUGCUCAGGACGCACCUCAGCGUCGAGCUCUACGCGACGCUCCGAAAGAUGUUGCAUGACGCGUCCGAGCGGCCAGCGUGUCCGUAUAGCCACUGCGGCGGCACGGUACUGUCGACGCCGCAUUGGCUCUUGAAGCGGCGCGUCACGUGCUCGGCGGGCCAUAGCAUCUGCGUCGUGUGCAAUCGACCGUACCACCUCCGCCCCACGUGCGUCGACAAGGCGUACGCGCAGUGGAAGAAAACGCACGAUGUUCGCAGUUGCCCGCAGUGCGGUCGCGACAUUGAGCGCAACGCCGGCUGCAACCACAUGACGUGCGCCAAGUGCCGGCACGAGUUUUGCUGGCGGUGCCUCGCGCUGUGGAGCGGCAACGACCACGUCUGCGCGACGCUACGGCGGCUCUAGCAUCUCAGUUCUUGGAGCUAGAAGAUUUUAUCAAUCGUAUCAUGUGCGUUGGGCUUUGUUGCA